UGAAACCAUAGAAACGAAACGGAAGUUUACUUCCCUGGUAUCUACUCACCAUCUUCGGGUAACAUCAAGUUACGAAAACUAUUAACAUUUUCUACAUUAUCGUUGCGUGAAACUCAAAACCCAGCAUCGCAUUCUUCACAUAUAUACUCAGAUUAAAACUGAGUGUUAUUCAACCUGUUUUUGGUGGCGUAGUUUAGCUUCUUCAGUCGAAGUUAGCUGUAAAGCUUAACGCUAAUGCUCGGAGAGUGGAGAUGUUCAACGCAAAGAUACUCUUUAUUGGUCCAAAUGAGAGUGGGAAAACGGUUCUUGCAAAUUUUCUCUCAGACACAGCAGAAAAUGUGGGAGGUGAAUACAGACCUACUCAAGGAGUAAGGAUACUGGAAUUUGAAGCACAACCUGAAGGCAGUGGUGACAACGCGAAAUGUGAGGUUGAACUUUGGGACUGUUCAGGAGAUUUUAAAUUUGAAUCAUGCUGGCCUGCAAUGAUAAAGUACUCCAGCGGUGUGGUGAUCGUUUUUAAUCCUGAUGUUCCAAGUCACCUCAAAGAAAUAGAGACAUGGCAUUCGAUGUUCAUCUCCUCUCAAGGUUUGCAGGAGAGCCAGUGUUUACUCAUGGCUCACCACAAGCCCGGCAGUGGCGUAGAAGAUGGACGGCUACCUUUAGCCUCACAUUUGGGCAGACUGCCGCUUAUUCACUCCAACCUGGAGGAGGAACCAGAGGAUGUGAGGCGAAAUUUCUGCAGAUACUUGGGAAAUGUUAUAAACACAAUGUCGGAAAGUCGAGAGCGAGAGGAGAUGUCCAUCAUUACAUAGCAGCAAAUCCAUAAAAUAUGCAGCUUAAUGAAGGGAUUUUUUUUUGGCAUCUACAACCUUUGUUUGAGUGACAUUCAUGAAUAAUUAAUUAUACAUCUUUGCUGUCAUUCAGCUGUGUAUGAAACUUCCAAAAUUUCCUUGCAAACUUCUGUCUUUUGUGAAUAAAAUAUGACCUAACUAA